AUGUCUCAAUCGGGCAGAACUCUUGACUCGAUAGCAGCCCUUCUAAACGAAAAUGUAGAUACACUUAAUGCUUUUAUCAACUGUCAAAAUACAUUUAACUCUAAUAUGACAUCUAAGCUUAAUGCUAUCGAGAAUAUUGUUAAAACUGUGAGUGAUCAAGGUGACAGACUAGCACAAUUAGAGGCCAGCAACGUGUUACUUAAUAGGGAAAUUGAUUCUUUACGAGAUUCAUUAACCAAUACACCUGUCAACUCCUCUGCCCAGAUCACCAUUGCUGGUAUACCAUUCACAGUUACUGAUAAUCCAUUAGAAGUCGUUACCAAAGUUCUGACUGUGCUUGGUGUCCCUGAACUCGCUUCUGACAUACUCGACAUUCGUCUAAUCACCCGCAGAGCUCCUUCGAGUCAAAAUCCUGAGCGGGUUAACACUAGUGAGGCAUCAAAAUCAUUUAUUGUCUUCUUUAAAUCCUCACAGAUCAGUAGCCAUAUUAUAAGGAAAAAGCGUUCGCACGGCGUAUUAGCAGUUAGUGAUGUUUUUGCAUGUGAUAAGCGUGGCAAUAUUUUUGUCAACGAGUUUCUUCACCCAAACACUUAUAACUUGUUGCGCAAAACUGAAAAGAUCGCGUCUGACAGAAAUUGGAAAUAUGUAUGGUCUAGGGAGGGUCAGAUCUACGCACGUAAGCAAGAUGGAUCUCAGCUUAUUCGCAUCACAUCUGAGGCUGAUCUAGACAAAUUAGGUUGA